CGAUUCACGUAGUUCAACGAAUCUCUACAUGUCUCCUUCCGGUUAAAGUUUUCCUUCUUUUUAGCAAAAUGGCUCCCAAAGCGAAGCCCACGGAUAAAGCAGCAGGCAAAGCGUCUGAAAAGAAGGCAGAAAAGAAGACUGAGAAGAAACCAGCGACAGCUGCUUCGACGUCGAAAGUAACAAAACCAGCAGCAAAACCAGCUACUGCUGCAAAGAAAGCAGCACCAGCAAAAUCAGCAAGCGCUACAAAGCCUGCAGCGAAACCAGCUGCAAAGGCUGCACCUAAAGUUGCUGCUAAACCAGUGACUGCCAAGCCUAAGAAACCUACUCAGCCUGCGAAGAAAACACCUAAGGGUGGAAAAUCAGCUGCGCCGCUUCAGAAAGCUCUUAAAGCUCAGAAAAAGAUAUUGAAAGGUGUCCAUGGAUCCAGAGUAAGGAAAAUAAGGACAUCUGUCCAUUUUCAUCGUCCCAAGACUUUCAGGCCACCGAGGAAUCCAAAAUACCCACGAAAAUGUGUCCCAAGCAGAAAUCGUAUGGAUGCAUUCAAUAUCAUCAAAUUUCCUCUAACUACCGAAGCUGCUAUGAAAAAGAUUGAAGACAACAAUACUUUAGUUUUUAUUGUACAUACUCUUGCUAACAAAUACCACAUCAAAUCAUCGAUUAAGAAGUUAUAUGACGUUGACGUGGCUAAAGUUAACACAUUAAUUGGACCUGAUGGUAAGAAAAAGGCGUACGUACGAUUAACUCGUGAUUAUGAUGCACUUGAUGUUGCCAAUAAGAUUGGUAUAAUAUAAAUGACUGGUAUGAAGCGUCUCUAUACGAAUAAAAAAUGUUGAUACAAAAAACCA